GACAUGUACCAACGUAACAUUUUAUAAAAAUUCUCUUUAAGACUUAUAAUUUAAACCAGUCUUUCUUCUUUUAAGCCGCUCUUGUUCUGGUCUUGGAUUGGAGGUAAAAAAGGCAACGGAGGGGUCUCUUCGCUGGACAGGGGAGGGGGGCAAGCACGGCGUCCCUGCCACUUCCUCCGAUUUCUCCCGGUGCCAGCCCCACUUCAGGAGGCGAGGCCCACGGGAGGGCUCUUCAGGGUCGCCGCUCAAGUCCUUCUCGGAAACCUGCGGGGCUCUCGGCGAGGGUCGCCAUCCGCCGCCUCCUCCCGCCGGAGUCCUGCCCUCCAGAGAUCAGCUGACAGCGGUAAACCCCUCCAGAAGGGACGGGCGGAGCUUAGCGAGGCCGGAGAAGUCCGGCCUCGGCGCGGCAGAGCUGCUUGGGAUCCGACGGGUGGGCCGGAUUGCCAGUUCCGUGAUUAUCAGCUGGAUCCUCCAUGGAUGGCGAAGGCUACCCCGCGUGCUUAGAUGGGAUAGACUAUGACGAUUUUCAGUUUGGUGCUCAUUUGAUUGAGCAGAAAGAGCUGCUUAUGGAGACAGUUGAAGGCCCAUUUCUCACUAUAAUUGAACAGCCAAAGCAGCGAGGUUUCCGGUUCCGUUAUGGCUGUGAAGGGCCCUCACAUGGUGGGCUGCCUGGAGCAUCUAGUGAAAAGGGGCACAAGACUUAUCCCACUGUUAAGAUCUCUAAUUACAUUGGACUGGCUAGGAUAGAAGUAGAUUUGGUGACUCACACCGAUCCUCCACAAGUGCAUGCACACAGUCUUGUCGGAAAGCAGUGUAACGAAGCUGGCAACUGCAUUGUGAUGGUGGGCCCAAAGGACAUGACUGCACAAUUUAAUAACCUAGGUGUGCUCCAUGUGACUAAGAAAAACAUGAUGGAGGUCAUCAAGGACAAACUGCAGAAGCAGAAGAUGCGAAACAGAGUGCAGCCUCUAGCAGAAUCUGAACAAGAGUUGAUUGAACAAGAGGCAAAGGAGUUGAAGAAGACAAUGGAUCUCAGCAUCGUUCGUUUGCGCUUCAGUGCCUAUCUUCGCGAUAGUAGUGGAAACUUCACUUUAGCAUUAAAGCCAGUUAUUUCUGACCCCAUUCAUGAUAGCAAGUCUCCUGGAGCUUCCAACCUAAAGAUAUCUCGGAUGGAUAAGACUGCAGGCUCAGUGCGAGGUGGAGAUGAAGUAUAUCUGCUGUGUGAUAAAGUUCAGAAAGAUGAUAUCGAGGUGCGUUUUUAUGAAGAUGAUGAGAAUGGUUGGCAGGCCUUUGGAGAUUUCUCCCCCACAGAUGUGCACAAACAGGUAUUGAUUGAUUCAGUCAUGAGAGCCAGUUUGAGUGGCUGA